CAACAAGUCAAACCAGUCCAGAACAGUAAUGACUCCUCCCUGGAUGUGAAGCUUUAUAAAUCAAGUCGUAGCUACAGAAAAGUGAAAUUUACAAGUCAACAUCAAGACCUAAGUCUCUCUGACAGGUUGUGCAGUGAUGUUUGGGUUGGCUGCGUUGUGUUUCCUGCUCCUGCAGACCGGAGCUUCUGGGUUUGGGUUAUCCAGUGGAGAAUCUCUGAGUCAUCAGGAGAUCACUAAGAGAGCAAUCUUAAAUACCACUGCGCAGACAUGUCGUGCUCUGGCCCUGGCUGAGGGCAAAGACUUCACUUUUCCUUCUCUGACUGUUGACGCUGUUGCUGCUGCCUGUGAAGCGCCAUCCAAGAGCUUCCUCCAAACCAUCCAAUUGAUCCAAACAAAGAAUAAACGAGUAGACUAUUUUUUAUUCUUCCUAGCACGGUAUCACAUGGACGAUGAACAAAUUUUGGAGGGAAGGAAAAUCAUCACAGAUGGAUUGGCAGCUGUGAAAGCCAGCAACAGGGAACAGAACUUUGAGGCUGCCAGAGAAAUACUGGGACAAAUCUUACACCCUCUACAGGAUUUCUACAGUCAUAGCAACUGGGUGGAGAUGGGAAACAAACUCCCAAACUCCAAUCUGAUCAGAUCAGACACCAGCGUUGGCAACAUAGCAGCUGAAAGCAGAGCAACCUGUCGCAACUGUAAUGGAGACGACUGCACGAACAACAUUUUGGAGGAUAUCCUACAGGAAAGGAUAAUUACUUCAGGAUACUUUAAUUUUGUGCCUUUUUUUUCCUCCAAACCAAAAGGAAAAUGCAGCCACGGAGGUUUUCUUGAUAGAACAAGUAACAUUGUACCUAUAGGAGGGAUCAAUAAAGACACUUUGGACUCCAGCCAUGGACACCUCCACAUGGAAGCUGCAAAUGUGGCAAUUGCUGCAACCAGUGAGUUCCUGGAGGACAUUCGAGGGGCUGCUGGUGACAAACCAUUCCUACAGAUGAUGGGAAUCUCGAGAGGAUCUGGUAAACCUCUUUGUUUUAUGAUCGACACGACAGGAAGCAUGAGUGAUGACAUUGCAGCAGUGAGGACUGUCACUUCUGAUAUAAUCGACAGGAGAGUGGGAACACAAGACGAGCCCUCAGUUUACAUUCUUGUACCUUUCAAUGAUCCAGAUUUUGGGCCACUGACAAGGACAACAGACCCAGAAGUCUUCAGGAAUGCUAUUAAUUCACUAACAGCAACUGGUGGAGGAGAUCCUCCAGAAAUGAGUCUUUCAGGGCUUCAGCUGGCAUUAACUAGUGCUCCUCCCAGUUCUGAGAUCUUCCUCUUCACUGAUGCAGCUGCUAAAGAUGCACACCUGAGAAGCACAGUGACCGCACUCAUUGAGCAAACCAAGACGGUGGUAAACUUCAUGAUAACUGCCGUUCUGGGAUUUCGUCAUCGUAGACAGAGUGAUGAUAGCCUCCAACAACAACAACCAAUCAGUCGAAUGGCGAGAUCAGAUGCUCAGCUGUACAGAGACCUGGCUCAGGCUUCAGGAGGUCUGGCUAUUGAAGUCUCAAAGAGUGAGCUCCUUGAAGCCACCAGCAUCAUAACACAGACAUCCAGCUCCUCUCUGGUGACUGAUAUCACUAAGCCGGUGUGUGAGCUGCUCAACCUGCAGUCCAACUGCUCUGAUAACUGCGUGUUAUCGAUGUGGGAGAUCUCUGUUCAGGUGACUGAUGGUGCUAAUGGGACGGGUGUCGACCGUAUUACCCUUAGACAAGGCAACGGGACCUUGAACACCAGCUUGGCCACUGACAAUGAGAACAUAACCCUGGUUUCCUACAGUGCGUCUUGCUGUUCACCUGCUGUGGAGCUGGUGGUUGUGGAUCGGUACGUUGUGCUCACUUACAGAAGCAUAUUCGCUGUGGUAGAUGUGGGCUGCGACUUCAAGAUCGCCAGUGGAGUCGCCACUCUGCCCUCUAUGUCAGAAGAGAGGGACCCUGGAGCACAUCCUCAGCUGCUCUUCAAAAGCCCUGGGAGGGGGAUGCUGUCACUAGCACCAAGACCAAGCCCUGAAGGCCAUAGAGGACACCACCUGCAGUGGGAUUAG